AUGCCUAGUGUUACAGUGAGUAUAGAAGAUAUUAUUAAUGAAGAGAAUAGAAAGAAGGUUUAUAAGAUUCUUGAUGAUCUUUAUGUUAAUUCUAUUUUAUUUACCCCUCCAAAUCAACAAACAACUAGAAAUAGUACCAACUCACUACAGAAUAAAAUACCACAAUUACCUGAAUAUAUCAAAUACAUUUGUGUUCAAGCAAGAAUGCCAAAUUUAAUAAUCGAUGACAAACAAUUGGAGUAUUUAGAAGUAGGUGUGUGUAACUCAAUUAUCGAACUUAAAUCAAUAAACAAUUUAAAACAGUUAAAACUACAUGGAGUUAAUAAACUAAAGAUAAAUCAAAUGAACGAAGAACAAGAAAUUACAACAACAAACAACAGAAAAUACUGGAAAGACAUACAAGAAAAUAUAAGUACAUUCCCAAAUCUUGAAGAACUUCAAUUAGUUAGUUGUUCUAAUUUAAAUAUUAGUUUAAUGUCAAAUAAAUUAAAGAGUGUUGAAGUAAUUAAUUGUAGAGAAUGUCAAAUUAAUAUUAAAUCAGAUUGUAUUGAAAGAUUGAAAUUAGAAGGAAAUAAACAAACACAAUUCAAAUUAUCAACAAAUAAAUCAAAUGAUAUUUGUAUUAAAGAAGGUGAUACUUUCACAUUAGAAAUAGAAUCUAAUAAUGAACAAAAUAUUGAAAUAAUAGAAGGAAAACAGAUUAAUGUAAAAUCAAAAUGUCCAAUUAAUAAAUUAAUAAUAGUAGAAUCUUAUGAAGUGAAUAUUACAGGAAAUGAAAAAUGUAAUACAAUGAAAGUAGUUGAAUCUACAAUCAAUGAAAUUGAUAUCAAACCAAAGAGAAUUAUAUUUAAAUUAAUUGAAGAAUACAUUAAAGUAUCAUUGAAAGAAGCAGAAGAGAUAUAUAUUGUAUCAAGAAAGAAUAU